UGAGUACAGAAAUGGAAGUGGACUAGGCUGUUAUCAAAGUAGUGCUGGGAAAGUUUGCGCGGAGCCUUCUUUGUGUUUGUUUCAAUUAAGCAUUUUGAGGAGGAGAAUUCUAGGGAGGAAAACAUUUCCAAAACCUUCGUGAUUCAACUUAAGACAUGAAAGAAAACGUAAGAGACUUUCUAAUUUUUAGCUAAGUUUUUUGAACUUAAUAAAGUUUUGGCCAACAGUACGGAAAAAUCCAGGUGAUGGGGAAUUUUUUAUUCAGAGAAUCUUGGAGAUUUCCUCCAAUUAUAAAAAAAAUCAGUGCCCUGGAAAAAUAAUGAAACUUGACAUUUAUGUGUAGAACACUAGGGGACUUCAGUCAAAGAGCGCUCUGCUAACAUACGCUGAAAAUGACAGGUAAUUUUGAUGUUCUUAGUGGACUGGAACUUUGGUUUGCUUCUUGGUCAAAAUGUUAAUGGAAUGGCUAGGACAAUAUUUGUUUGCAACCUUUACUCUUUUCUUGCAACUGUAAAUAGAUGUUGGUAAACAUACAAUUAAAGUCGCUUGCACAAGCAGUGAAAUAUUUGACUGCGUAUUAAGCCCGUGUUGGAUAAGACUAACUUUAAAAUGUUCAUUAUUUGUCUCUCGCAGACAGAACGCUGUUGCAGGUGAAAUUAGGUCAAACAUUCCCAUUUUCAAAGACUCAAGUUGGGAUGUAGUCUCUAAAGUCUAGGCCUUCUCAAAGGGUCUCGAGCGCGUAAUUUAGCAGCUACUUUUGGUUACUUUUCUGUCUCUCCAGUUCCACCCUUCUUUAUUAAGUCUGCAUUUGAAAAAAAUGUGUGGCUGUGUCAAUUAUCUAGCUUAGAACCGUAUUUUAAUACACCUGGUACUACAGUAUAUUUUGCUUUUAAAUAUCUGAUGUACAUACCUCUGGUUUAAACGUGGCUACUUGAUUAUGAUACUAUGCAACCGCCGAAAGAGACUAAUGAAACCGGUCUGCAAUAUUUUGCACAAGAUUAUUUAUAACGUGUUUCGAGAAAUGCUGAGUGAAUUGUUAAAGACCCACAUGCAAUCACGAUGAACUGUAUUUUAGACCAUUAUAAGAAUCUCUGUGUUAAGCAAAGAUAACUACAUUCCAGAUAAAAUAAUUGUUAUCUUUUCCUUAAACUUCCUCGCAUAAGUUCCAAUUCUUUAAAAAAAAUCAAAAUAAAGCGGAGUGCAAUCCCGAAAAGCCCUUUUAGGAAGUUCCGUUCUGCACCAAUCAGAAUCGGCUCUGCAUAUUUGAUAAAAUAUUUUCCUUGUUGUUCCCUUCCCCCAUUCAGUACCCAGAUGAAUAAAUCAAGGCGACCCCAGCAGUAGUUAAAGCGCCCUCUGGUUACAAAUUGUUUACUGAUGGUAUUCGUCAUAGGACAAUAUAUAAAAAAACAAGUUUGCUUCUUACAAUAACUGUUUAUUAUUUCACAUGGUUUGGGGAUAGCGUGUUUUAGAGGAAAUCUAAAAAGAAGCUCAGUGUUUACUUUGCCUUAGCUAUUCAUGAGCACUGCUCUAUUUCGUGUGCUAGUGGUACCACUUCCUCUACCAAGAGGAGGUAUUUCAUAAUAUUUUGUCACACCCUUUUCAUUUAAUGGUCUAAAAUUGCAACUUGAGGGCAAUAUCUAUGUAGCUAUCUAUCAAGGGGCGUCCACCACGAAAAGGAAUAUUUAUACUUUACAGCAAAACUGUAUUUAAAGAAAAGGGAGUCCCAAAACAUGAACAGCUAUAUAGCCUGGAAUGUAUAACGUUACUAUCUAGUCUAAUUCUACAUGGACAGAUCUGUACCGCACUAAGGGCUCUGUAGGUGUAAGAUAGCAUUUAGAAGGCAGCGUUCUUGCGACUGUUGGUGACUAGGUCAAUCCUUUAGAAAUAGUUCUGGUGUCAUUUGUUAUACUGGAUAAUAAUCGUAGAGAGCUAUUCUUCGGAAAGGGCUCAUCAGAGUAAUAUGCACAACAGAGUGCUAAUCAAAAUUAGCAAAACUGAGCGCAAAAUAUAAAAUACAUUCCGAAGACUGAAGGCCUUCAGACAGAUGGGAUACAAUUUAAAUUGCGACCUAAAUUUCAAAAGGGAUAACCUGCUAAAGCAUCCCAAUGUUCCUUUUGUCCUUUAUAGCGUGAAGCCAUUUCUAGUAAAGAUAAAAAAUAGCGAGUUAGUCAUUUAUCACCUUUCCCGGCAUACCCACGGUUUCUAACCCUCCGGAUUGAAAGCCGCCUACUUUGGAUCAAAUCCAGAAAGAAAAGUAAAUCUGGCACACAUACACGGGCCUGACAACUGACAGUUCUCAUAUUAAAUAAGUAUUCACUGACUGCAUUAGUUUGUUGAGAUUUAUAUAAUGUAAUCUACUUCUAUAUGCUCAUAUAAGCAGCUUACACACAAGCUCAUGAGAAACUUCAGGCGGAUUUCCGUUUUAGCAUAUAGCAAUUUGCCCACGUCAGAAACAAAAGCAUAUUGUAAUUAUCAUACAAAAUAUCAUCAGCUGAUUAACUAUGUUGCCCGUUUUGAUUUGUGUAGGAAAUAAAAAAGAGAUGAAUCAGUAUUUUGAUUGGUGUAUUUUAAAAUUUCGAACCAGAGAUGGCGUGGGGGUGAGCUGUCGUUUUGCAUUUAUUUCUUUCAGUUUUUAAUUUUUAAUUCAACUAAUCAAAGAAUUUAACGGCUCUAUUAAUAUACCCAUUCCACUUUUCUGCAAUUAAUAACAUAUUAUUUUGAUCGUUUUGUCUCCGUAUGCCAUUAAUUUAGAACCUCCACUAAAUAACACUUUUACUUGCUUUGAUGCUUAUCAAACUGCACUUGUUUGUUUUUAUGUAACCUCCAGAUGAUUUUGCUAUAAGCAGAAUUUUAAAAAAAUAUUUAUCGCGCCCUGGAAUUCACACUAUUAUUUGAAAUUUCUUUAAAGUCGGGGUUAAUCUUCAAGAGCCACUUUGUUAAGUGUUUAAAAUGUAGUAGCUACACACGUUGCAUGCCAAAUUAGUUCAGUUUAUUCAAAAUUGACCAUUAUCUUUUAUAGUUAAGAAUCAAGUGAACAUUAUUAGUUUUAGUUCACUGGGUUUGAUGAUGUUAGUUACUAUUUGCCUAGGCCUUGUUAGCGAUUAAAGAAAGCACAGAUAAUACACAGCCGAGUUGAGUUCAUGAUCUAAGCUAAGUGCUUUGACCAUCAAAGCAACUCUGUUCAUUACUAUAAACAAAACAAUACAGUGCAUAUAUUUCUGUUUCCUGUUGCAAGUUAUACUUGAUUGAAUAACUAUCCUUUGCGUUAAGGUAUUCAGUCUUACUAAUGCUGAAAACCAAUCUCUCUGUAGCAGAUCUUUUGCUACAAAGGCUAAAAGAAAGAGUUGGUUUAAAGCAUGUUUUCCCUCUUUGAUUAGUCUGUGUCCUGUAUUUCUGCUCCCCGGUUUCUUCGCUUUAGCAUUUGCAAAGCAAUUCUUUGUACAAUUUUUAUAAUAAUUUUAUUUAGUCUGACAAGGAUUUGGCAUACUUUUCCUAUUAUCCUGUUUUAUUUGAAAGAUAAUUAUAAUAUUAAAAGAUAGCUGGUUACUUUAAAAAAACUAAAAAAAAACAUUUGGAAGGAUUUCAAGCGUUAUCCUUCUAUUAAUAUGGUUUUGAGAUUUGCAAUCCAUUUCUAUUUAAUUUGACAAAUACAAAACAAACAUGCCGCAAGAGCAGACUUCCCCGGUGUAAAUGUUAUUCCCGAUUUGCGUACAGAAAUAUAUUUUGAACGUCGAACUUAGGGUCACAUUUGAUCGUAUUUAGAUCCGCAUUUAUAACGUUAAGCCUAUUGAUAAUAACCUUCCUGUAUACUAGCCAAUAAACUGGUUCCUUAUAUGGUAUUAAUUUUGUUAGCAGUGAUAUGGCCCUCAUAGGAAUCUGAUAAGGGUUUGUCUAUCACACAUUAACACAUUGUGGAGUAAGUCAAGUUUGGGAAAUAGACACAGCAUUACAGGAGGAAAGGGUAAGAAAUAGAGGGUUCCCAUAGGCUGCUUGAUAUCCCCAGAUUACUGCAUUCGACCAUUACGUCCUACUUGGCAGUCGUCUGUAAGCAAUAGUAUAAUGCUCAUUAGAUAACAUUUGAAAAAUAAGCAGCGUUUCCAUAAAGAUUUUAUGGGCGCUGCAAAGUUGUAACAGCCUCUACCAGCUCGCAGCGUUUCCAGCUGACAGGGAAGGAACCUUGGGAGGGCCCCUUCAGUUUAAUUUGCCCAGGGAAACUAACAUGUGCGUCCCGCUGUUUUCUGUGCGUUUCAGAAUAACUUGUCCAGGGGAAUGUCAAAAUGUGAGGAGGAAUUUCCUCGUUGCAGGCGAACGCUAAAAUAUUAAACCACGUGAGGCUGCACAGAUCAAUAGAUCGAGGGGAAAUGGACAGAGUGCAAUUGACACUGUUAUUCUUGUAACGUUCUCCUGGAGCCUUUGAACGCCAAGGGUAUGCGCUGCAGGAGUGUAUGGCUGAGCGCCUGCCCGGCACAGUCAAAGCGUGGUCAGAAAGGAAGCCAAGUGACCGCUUUAACUGUUUCCUUGGCACUCCUAUUGGUCACGGCUGGCUUUAUGCAAGAGCCGGAUGCCAGAAUGAGGCGAGCACGGAGAUUUAAUGAGCAAUAUUUAUUUUCCAAGCGGCUAUUUGUACUCAUCUGGGAGCCGAGACAGCCGAGACAGCCGAUCCUUUGCUUCUAGGAUCUGGCUGGAUCCGCUUGGCGCUUUCAACCCAUGUGCUGCGCGAGAAUUUGUCACCGGAUGCUUUCAAAGGAUCCUGAAAAACCCCACGCAGCCACAGACCGGGCGCAAAAGCGGGUCGUUUCUCCUAGCCAGCUGCAUGAUUUUAGAAUAGCAUAAAUGGAGAGGUGAUGGAAGUGACCCAUCAACCGGCUCUUUCAUUACAAUGUCUGUCUAAGGCGCUGUCUGCGUGUCUGUCUGCUUUCUGCUUCCCGGCUCCGCUACAAUUACAUAUUGACUGGACAGCGCGGGUUCAUAUAGCCGGGUCAUUUUUCUGAGUGUCUUUCUGAUGAAAUGGUCGGUACAUUUUAAAAGAUUCACAGUGAAUGGUCCAAAUGAGAAACUGUAAUAUCUAAUUACCAGCGUACAAACACUUGGAUCAAUAAGGCGGCCAGGAAUCCAUUUUAACCGGUUACAGUUGGAUUCUUUCUGUGACUGCUGUCUUUCCAUUUGGUAUGUUAACUAAAUGGGGGGAGAGGGAUUCCAAGGUGAACUGCAGUAUUAGAAGAUGCAAUCCCAAUAUCAUUCCUCCCACAAUCGCAUGCAUUAGUUAUUCAUUGAUUCUUUUUAGCCAACCACUGUUUCUCGCCAGGAAAUUUCAGACUAGUUUACACUGAUUCACCUUUGGUAGUGAUGCUAUUCUGGAAAUAGCUAUUUAAAAAAAAAAGGAUUAGAAAAGCUAGAAUCCUUUAUACCCUCAAGUGGUGCGUGAUAAAUAAUAACACUUUUUUAAAAAGUGGGCCAACAAAUAAAAAGUCACAGACCCUAGCCGUAGAAACAGGGGAUUCCUGACUUUAUUGAUAUCAUCAUAAACACAUGCUGUGCAAAUGAAGCAAACACGCCUGAUUUCCGGAAAGCUCAACAGUAGGAAAAUAAAUGAUCAUAAAAGGUCCAUUUAUACAUCGCUUCGUUUUAGGUAAUCAUAGAUUUCAGACUGCUCUGCCACUUUGUAGCCGUGAAUGUGAUAGUAGAGGACUAUAAGGUAUGCUAACACUAAAAUAAGGUAGGGAACUGUUUGCUUUUGAGUGUGCAAUUCUGUCUCCGCACACACUUAUAGCAUUCCCUGCCUCUCCCUAUAGCUAGGGAGGUGGGUAGCUAGAGGGGUGCGUAUGGCUGGAAGUAGAUAUUGCACAUUAAUAUACAUCUAUAUUCUAAAUACAGAGGUCGACCUCAGAGCAGCUCUGUGCAUACGAAACCAAACUGGGAGGGGUUGCUGGCCGGGCUUGGGUUUCCAUUGGCUGCAAGCAUUCGCCGUGGCGCGGGGGUAUCUCUAAUCAUAUUCAGCAUGUUUUGCACAAGAAAUGUCAGCCAGAAAGGGCUAUCGGCUGCCUUCGCCCAAUUAUUCCACAACAAUGUCAUGCUCCGAGAGCCCGGCUGCAAACUCUUUUUUGGUAGACUCCUUGAUCAGCUCGGGCAGAGGGGAAGGAGGCGGAGGCGGAGGCGGAGGAGGCGGCGGCUACUAUCCCAACAGUAGUGUCUUCUUGCCACAGGCGUCCGACUUGUCCUAUGGGCUGCAAAGCUGCGGGCUCUUCCCAGUUUUGAGCAAACGCAAUGAAGGUGCCGCGCCAAGCAUGGUCCCCUCUUCGCAUCCCUACGUGUCAGGGAUGGAGGUCUGGCUAGAGCCCCCCAGGUCCUGUCGCCUGGAAGAGCCUGAAAGCCAGCAGGCCACCUCCUGCUCCUUUGCUCAAACCAUUAAAGAGGAGACCUCUUACUGCCUCUAUGACUCAGACAAAUGUGCUAAGGGGGCAGCGGCCACCGAGCUGUCUCCUUUCCCGAGGCUAAGCGCUGAGGUCUGUCCCAUGAGCAACGCUAGUGGGGUUCCUGUCCCGGGCUACUUCCGCUUGUCUCAAGCCUAUGGCACUUCCAAGAGCUACGCAGCUGGGCCAGCGGCUGCGCCCCAGUUCCCACCGCAGCCCCAAGGUCGCUUUGAGGCGGCUCCAGCGUUGCCGCCAGUUCCGACAGACGCGGGGAGGAAGGAGACCGAGGAGGCUUCCCCCAACACCUUGGCGUGCGUCUCCCAGAGGGAGGAAGACGCCCAAGCUUCGUCUUCGACCGCAGAAGAGCUCUCCCCAGCUCCGUCAGACAGCAGCAAGCCCUCUCCUGAGAAAGACCCCAUAGGCAAUUCAAAAGGAGAAAAUGCAGCAAACUGGCUAACCGCAAAAAGUGGCAGAAAGAAACGAUGCCCCUAUACCAAGCACCAAACUCUCGAGCUGGAAAAGGAGUUUCUAUUCAAUAUGUACCUGACUCGUGAGCGUCGCCUAGAGAUCAGCCGAACAGUCCACCUAACAGACAGACAAGUUAAAAUCUGGUUUCAGAACCGCAGAAUGAAACUGAAGAAAAUGAACCGAGAGAAUAGAAUCCGGGAGCUCACAGCCAACUUUAAUUUUUCUUGAUAAACCUAUAAACACAUUUUUAUGGUUUAAAGAGCCAGUAUCAUUUUCCUAGGCUUUAGUAAUCUGCACCUGUAUGGAUUAAGGAUUUUUAUACAUUCGCAGUAUGUCCAUAACUUCUUUAUAGCUAUUUCUGGGAGGGGGAGCCACAAUGAUGCAUAAAAUUCCAUAUGUGUGCCGCCCUUGUUCCAUUACCAUUGCCUUGAAGUUAUUUGUUUCCUUAACCUUGAAACAGAGACAUAGUAUUUCCAGAGCUGCAAAUAUAUGUGUGUGGUUUUGUUCCUCUCCAAAAAGUAAGCAACCCCGGUAAAAGGCGCAUUGCAAUUUUAAAUGAUAAUAGAAAGAUGUGGACUGUGCAGCUUAAUAAUGAAUGAUUGAAACCUUGCCAUAGUUCUAUUUAGUGGGAGUUCAACUUUUUUACCCCCCAAAUGGCAGGAGUUCCAAUAAUUAAAUGCAGGCAUGUUUUUUAAAAAGGGCUUCAGGGGAACUGGUGUUCGGCUCCGGUUUUCUUUUUCUUUUCCUUUCACAGAGCAUUUCAUAUCAGAAGCUUUAAAAUUGGCCAGGAAAAUGAGACCUCUUCUCUUUAAGAAUAUAAAAGAUCGCGUGUUGAUUAUGGACUAAAUUAUUACACUUACCUCUGAAUUCCACCCACUCUUUCUGGUUGUAGAUAUUGACCAUAAUGUAAUUUUGCUUAAAUAUGUGGAAUUAGUGGAUUUUUGUCUCGGAAUGACGUUACCGCUGGUAACGCAUGACAAGCACACAAUUCCCCCCCUGUCUUGAGAGACAAAAUAGUCCCCUUUACUAGCUAAGUUCAUAGAGAAGUCUCCAUACUGAACAGCAGAAGGACUUGCUGAGCCAGAGAGCGAGGGAGCGUAUGUCCGCCUAUCCCUUUAUACUGUGAAAUUACAUGCAUUAAAAAGGUCAAACGUGUAGGUGCAAAAAAAGAAGGGGAGAAAUAUAAAUACAGAUAUGUAUAAAUGUCUAUUAUUAUAAAAAAUGGCGAUACUGGUUUAAGCAAAUGCAUUCUAUCAUUAUUAUAAAUGUUAGUUCUAGCUCUAUCUAGUACUUACCUUAAAUCGGAAUAAAUUAAUAUUGUAAUGCUGCUGUGCGUGAAAAGACGAUGUUUAUGUUCUCCUAGAAGAAUAAAAGACGUGGAAUGAA